AUGUGUUACAGUGAUGAUUACAAAGAACAGCAAUACAAAAAGGAUUUUGACAUUUUCUACGAAUACAUCCCUCAAGAGAAGAAGCACUCAUGCACUCAGCUCUCAAUAGCCGAAAGCUCAGCCACAUAUUUCUUCCUUGACCUUCCCGGAUCGGUACUUGCGCGGUUUCUCGGAGAUGUGGCCAUUGAUGCUAAACUCUCGACGCGCUUCUUUUACAUCGAUACCUUGAUUGCGGACGAGGCAAUGAGGACAUGGCAGAAAGACAUUGCCUUGAAGCGCACGGAGCUAAAAUCACUAGACAAAACAGUCGACCAUUCAGAGGUUAACGACCAAUCUAUCCAUGAGUUGCAUGCCCUAGCUCGGGAGUGGCAUAUACUAGCACGGAAUCUGUCCGACUACUCUGCCCUUCUAAAGUUCUUCAAGGCUUCGUCGUCAAGAUAUUAUGCGAUUACAACUACCUGCCCGAGUCUAUCGGCGCGAGAUAAUGUGACAUUGAACGGUACCCUCGAAUAUUUGGAUUCGAGUUGCCAGUCACUGACGUACUUAAUCUCCGACUAUAGCGGUCGAACCAAAACACGGAUUGACCUGAUGUACCAUCUUGCCAACCAAGCAGAGAGUCAAUCCACCCGGGAGCUCGCCGAACUAGCACGGCAAGACAGCGCUGCGAUGCUCACCAUUGCAGCAGUCACUCUAUUAUUCCUCCCCGGCACGUUUAUUGCGGCGAUAUUAAGCACCCCAAUUUUCAAUUUUGCGGAUGGAGAGAUGCAAGUUUAUAGAAAGUGGUGGCUAUUCCCCGUCACUGUAGCCCCGUUUACUAUUCUUGUAUUCAUUGUCUGGUUCGCUUGGCUGGGCCAUAAGCGUGCGAAAUGGGACAACAAAUAG